ACUACUUCCACAAGUACUGUUAGGGGUAUAGAUAGCUAUAUCGCAUUACAUACAUGGAGGCCGAGAUAAUUCAUGAGGCAUAGAGGUCUGUUGACGUUUUAUACGAAGACCUGCAUCCCUUCAGUGUAGUGGAUAGGCUCAUGUUUAGAAGCGUGAAACGCAUCCAACGCGUGUUCUAAGUAUAUUCUAGAAGACUAGAUAUGCAAGCAGAUCACACUUGUGUAUACAUAUAGUUGGUGUACAAUAUACGUAUAGUUAUCAUAUAAUACAUUUAUAGUAUUACAUAUUUACCAAGCAGGUAAUCAGACACGAUGCAAGGUAUAGUACAUGCUGUGCGUAGUUCGAAUAUGCCAAUGCUGCAGAUGUCGAAACUUCGACUUCAGAUGCGUGAAGUGGCUCUUGUGCACACACAUGCGCAAGCACAUACACAACCACGCACUCAUUUACAUACGAUACGGAAUAUACAAGCCCACACGAAUGUAUGUAAGGAUGUGAACGCACCCACACACCCACAAAGAAGAGCUGCACUGACAGUACACACGCGCAUGCGAAGCAGUGCACAAGACAAGAGCAAGUCAAAGUUAAAGAGAUACCAGGACUCAAAGUUCAUUAAAAGUACAGGUAGGUUUUCCAAGCCUACAUCCGAUAAGGUUCCUGGCCUUAGUUUAGGUACAAGACCCGGGGAAAGCACGUAUACAAGACUCAAGGCACCAUCAGUGCAUAAACCUGCACAUACACAGAAAACGCACGGUGUACAGAGCACGCACGCACACACAAAUAAGAUGCAUAUCACACAUAAACACAAGGACACGAUACAAAUGCAAACUUAUAAAAAUACACAAUCAAGUGCGCAACCUAUAGCUAGAGAUCCAAGCUUGAAGGUUCCUGGUACGUAUACGCCUAGUGAUAGCAUGUAUAUGACUCGACUGAGAGAAAGCCCCAACCCAGUGCCAGUGUGGGCCAACUAUAAAUAUCCGAAUCAAUCCACCGCGAAACUUGGCUCACACUUCUCCAAUAAUCUAUUUCAGAUAACAGCAGAAAC